GCCAGGCCAGAGGUGCAUCGUCUGACUUGAUACUGCUCAGAAGCGAAAGCGCUGAACUAAGGACCAGCGGCCAGCGAAGACCUCCGAACACCUCGAACUUCAAACCUCGUCGCUCCUUGCUACACGGUGGCGGCCCUCGAACACCAGGAGGGCCCCGGAUCGGCAGCACAGGCCAGAGGCCAUUGAAAAGAAUAAGAAAACGACACAUAAUAAACAUAAGAAGGCGAGAAGCGCCCCGUUCCGCGUGCGGAGGCGCAGGAGGCGCACACGCUGGCGAAGCUGGCCAAGGAAAAGACGAUGCUGCAGGUCCUCGCAGUGGUCUGUGAGGCCGGAGCCGGCGACGUGGCCGCCCAGCAGCAGCUCCUCGCCGAUCUCACGCUGUUGGAGGCGAGGGCUCGCGGAUGGUGCUCCAUGGGUCCAUGGGGCGCUGAGCGUACUGCAUCGACAGCGUCUUCGAUACAGAGGCGGAGCUCCUGAUCACCGAGGCCAUGUGGCGUGGUGUCCACAGCGUGCGUGAACCAGCGCAGGAACGGGUCGAAGGCGAGGACGAGGCCGAGGCUUGCCAACGGGCAGCCCUGGGCGACCCCGCUGAGGAUGGGAAACAACGUCCGCGUGCGGCCGCCAGCACGACCAAUCGCGAUGACGAUGCUGUGGAUGCUCUGGAUGACGCUGACGAGGCCUGGCGGGAGGGAAGACCGCACAGCUGUGAUGAGGAACCACUCGUGGGAGAGAGAGAAAGGGGCGCGGCGCCGAAAUCCGUGAACAGGAGCACUGGGGACUUGAGGUCAGGGCGCAUGGAGCAGAUGCGAGCCGUCGUGUCCAAGUCGGCGACGUGGUUGAUGGGGGCCCAGCCAGAGACGAAGCCGUGCUGCACGCGCGCCGCGCCGACGGAUAUGGCGAGCUUGUUGGCAGAGCGGAUGGCCUCAGAGAUAAUCUUCACGUCGGCGUUCUUCACACAGAGCGGGCGAGUAGACAGAGGAGCGCGGGACAUGCCAGGUCGUCCUCUUCUUCCUCAGCGCCCGUCAGGAUGAGCACGGCAGGCGCAUCGUUGAAGCCCACGUGCACGCCGUGCACGCCGAAGCCGGUGCAGAGCCAGACCGCAACCUCAUGGAGGAGAGCCCGAACACGCGGACCAGCGAAGAGCCAGGCCUUGGUAGGGUAUGCCGUCCACGCCUGGCGCGGAGUUGCGCACCCUCCCGAGAAGGCCACCGAUGGCAAAAGAGGACGGCGCAGCGAGGUCCGGGAUGGAGAAGUUGGAGGCGAAGCGCUCGGCGAUGGAGGUCGCGAAAUCGGGUACUGACGUGGUGGACCCCGGGGUAUGUGGGAGGCCGUGCCUGGGCUAAGGGAAACAGCUGACGAACGGGAUCCGCAAUGAUAUCGCCGCCGAGGAGGAGGAGGAGGAGGAGGAGGAGGAGGAGGAGGAGGAGGACGAGGAGGAGCAGGAGGAGGAGGAGGCGAGAGGAGGAGGAGCAGUGAUGAGCAGCUGCUUCCCGAAGGAGUUCCAAGUCUGGCGGAGGCGCUCGAGCGAGGCGCGAUGGCGCCGACCGAGAGCACGAGGAAGACGGCGGCUGGCGAAGCGGUUCUCGAGCGCGGCGCUGAGGAAGGACGCCGUUGUAGAGGUCGUUGAAGGGGAGGUCGGGCUGAUGACGGCCGGCGCACCGUCGACGAUGGACGGGUGCUCCUGAGCGAGCGGCGACGAAGAGAGUAGCGCGAAGGGAAGGCGAGUCGCGGUGCCAGACUGCUCGCGCCAUGGAAGACUACGCCGAUGUGCGGGCGUCGACGCUGGAGUCCGGGAGGGCCGUGAUCUCGUUCCGCGUGAUCCUGGCAGCUUCGCGCACGAGGCGCCUGAACCUGACGGGCCCGCUGGGUACCGAGAGGGAAGCGAGGUCGCUCGCGCUGGCGGGGAGCCCAAGAUCUCGUGCAAGCGCAGGUGCUCGACGGCGAAGGUGGGGAUGGGCCCUUGGUGAGGCGGGAGUUGUGCCUUGUAGGUGCAUGUAAUGAAGGGCCCCAGGACACACACAAAUAAAUACACACAAAUAAACAGAUUUGCCAUACUUGCCCA